CUCCCUGUGAGGGGCAGAAAAUUUCUCAUUUCGGGCAGGUUAUUUAUGUUCACAUAAACUUCCGAUAAGUAAUUUGUUUUAUAAAUUGUAACCGGUAUUACUUAUAAAAAUAUCUUUGCUUCGACGCUCGUGGAAGGAAGGCUUUCCAGGUUCUGGAAAGUGCAAGAGUAGCAAGACAACGCAUUGCAGAUAUCAUAAGUUGCAGAAGUCGAUAAUACGGAAUAUCGUGAGAUGCAGCAUUCCGCCACCUUUCCUUCGGAUGUUGCGACAGCAGCCCAGUCAUCCUCCGCUGUGCUGAGAAGAUCUCACCGAGAACGAUUUGUUGAGCAUGAUUUUGCUCUGUCAAAACGACUGGCAUAUUGCGGUCAACCGGUAGGAUUAUCCAAACCUUUCCUGCUUUUGCGGGUGCUUUGCCGCAUUCUUGAAUAUUCAGGACACGGUGUGCCUUGGUUUCUUAUCGCAGCCAUCAAAGUCACGACGGCCAUUCCUGCAGAAUCCGUGCAAUUUUGGACGAAUUUGUUUUAUGCUCUUAUCGUUGAUAUUCUCGUGGUUGCAACCACAAAAGCUGUUUUUCGGCGUGGACGUCCUAAUUAUGCCACGCAACUAUCCCAUGCAAAAAUCAGCCCUGACCAGUUUUCCUUUCCUUCUGGUCAUGCCAGCCGAUCCGUAAUGGUUGCUGUUCUUUUCUGCAGUCGGUGGAUUUAUGACCCCGUAGACAAAUGUUUAAUAACGUUUUGGGCGUUGAGCGUUUGUGUUUCGCGGGCAGUCCUGGGACGACAUUAUGUGAGCGACGUAUUUGCUGGAGCCCUUCUGGGAAUCGUAAUUGCUGCCUUAUUCGAAACGUUUUUAUGGCUGAAGCUGGACACAUGUUUAUGGCUUUUAUGGCCGGUUCACGAGUAUCUGUUCAUUUAAUAUCUACUGAUUCUAAUGUAAUGAAACAUUUUGUGAUAUGGAAGAGUUCCCAUUUUAAUGCGACUUCAUUUUUAGCCCACAAUUAUUGCACACAUAAUUUCGAUGGUGGCAUAACAAAUUUGCUUUUCCGCAUUUGUCCACUUCGGACCAGUGUAAUUACUGAUUUUUCAGAAUAAUUGUGUGCGACAAAACGAAAAAAAGAAGACGAUCAUGAUCGUCGAUCAACAAUAAUAUUACAUGGU